AUGUCGCUCUUCGGCAUUGGCACCAUGAUUUACGUUGCAUUGCUUUUGAUCAAUGCCAUGGCUAUACUGAGUGAAGACCGAUUUUUGGCUAGAAUUGGCUGGGUAUCAGCUUCACGGCAAAUACGGGAUGUUAAUACUGGAUUCCAACAAACAUACGACCACACAAAUGCUUAUGGCACAGUUCAAGGGGAAGCUGGCAUGAAAGCAAGAUUGAUUGACCUCAUCAGCGCUGUGCGCACAUUAAUGCGGAUACCUCUCAUAGUAAUUAAUACCGUCGUGAUUCUUUAUGAAUUAGCAUGGGGAUAA